AUGAAGAUUAAAGAAAUUUUUUUAUGGAAUAAUAUAAGGAGAAAAUCCUUUUUUUUUUUUUUACAACAAACAUAUUUUUUAAGAACAAAAAAAUUAAGGUAUCUUAAUGAUGAAAUAAAAUUAAAUGAAGAAAAAAAUAAUGAAAAUACAUACGAAAAUGAAAAAUACAACAAUGAAAAAAAUGGAAAAAAAAAUUUUUUAAGAAAUGAAAAUAAUAAUAACAAACCUAAUCUAUCAGUAAAAAAUGAAGAAUUAAAAAAUAAAUAUGAAGAACUAAAAAAAAAAUUAUAUAAAAAGUACAACUAUUACGAAAUUGAAAGUGAUCCUCAUAAUAUAUAUUUAUAUGAAAAAAACUAUGAUGAAAUAAAUGAAUUGAAUAUUCAUAAAAUGUUGUUAUUAGGUUUAAAAAAAAUUCAUAUAAAUGAAUUAAAUGAAAUGCAAAUAAAUAGCUUUUUAACAAUUCAGAAAGGAAAAGAUUUACUCAUAAAUUAUCCUAAUGGUUCAGGGAAAACUAUAGCCUAUUUGCUACCAAUUCUAAAUAAUCUAUAUUUUUUACAUGACUAUUUAGAAAAAAUUAUUUUAGAUAGUUACAGUGAAAAGAAGAAUAAUAAUAUCAAUUGCAUAAAAAAUAAUUAUAAAUUUAAUAAUAAUUUUAAUUUAUAUGAAGAAAUGAAUAAUUACCUAUUAAAAUAUAGUUAUUACAAGAAUAAUGUUUUUUUUGAAGACAAUUUUGAUAUAAAUAAAAAAAUGCAAGAAAAUUUUCAUUUAUUGCCACCAUGUUUUGAUAAAUCAAAUGAAGAAUUUUUUAAAACUACUGGAAGAAAAAAAAGAAAAAAAAAAAGUAAUUCAUUAAAUUUAAAAAAUGAUAUAAAUGCAACUGAUACUACAAAUAUGGAGGUAAGUAGCAGUUUCGGAAAAAUACAGAGUAUAAGUAUAAUGAAUAAAUUAAUUGAAAUAAUAAAAAUAAACAACAUAAAAUUAAGUAAUUUAAAUAGUAAUUACAAUAACGAACAAGAAUUAAAAAAAUUACAUCAUAUUUUAAAAUAUAAUGAAAAAAAUGAAGCUAAAAAUUGCGUAACAGAUCAAAAUAAUUAUGAAUCAAUUUAUCGCUAUUUAACCAUAAAUCCACUACAAAUAAAUAAAUCAGUGAUUAUAAUAACUGUUAAUAAAGACAAUAUUAAUCAAAUAAUAAAUGUUAUAAAACAAUUAGAUAUAUUAAAUAGAAUUAAUAUACAAACUCUAAAUGAUGUACCAUAUACUAAUGUUACUAAUGAAAUAGAAAAAGAAAAUUUUGAAAACUAUUCAAAAGACAAUUUUAAUAUAGAAAAUUUAGAAGUAGAAAAUGUUAAACAUAUAAAUAAUGCAGUAUUAUGUAAUGACCAAAUAAUGUGGUCUUUUGCAGAUAUAUUAAUUACAACACCAGAUAUAUUUUUAAAUAGUUUUAAAAAUAACUGUAGUAAUAUUUUACCAUCUAUAAUAAUAUUUGAUGAAAUAGAUAUGCUAUUUCAAAACAAUGCUUAUAGAAAUACAAUGAUGAACAUUUUUAAAAUAAUUAAGAAAAGGCCGGAAAUAUAUAAUCCUCAUAUUGAUAUAAGCAAUGAAAAUAUUGAACAUAUAAAUAAAUCAAUUGAAGAUAUUUUAAUUAAUGAACAAAAUAAUUCUAACAAUAGUAACAAGAGUUUUAAAAAUGAGAAAAACUUAAAAAAUAAUUGUUACAAAACCGAAUAUAUUGAUACUUCUUCUUCUAAUUAUGAAUACGUAAAACAGGAUGACAGUGCUUCUCAAGAAAAGUUAAAAAUAGAUCUUAAAAAAAAAAAAAAAGACACUAUUAUUAAUGGUGACAAUGAUUAUAGUAAUAAUAAAAAUAAUAAAAUAAAAAAAAAAAAAGAUGACAUACAAUUAAUACAAUUGAUAUAUGUUUGCUCUACUUUGCCUUCAGUUGGUCAUACUACCGCUGGAAGUAUGCUAACUGAAAGAUUUAACAAUUUGGUUGAAAUAAUGAGUAAAAGUAAUUAUAAAAUACCUCAAAAUAUAUAUACGCAAUGGAUAGAAUUGAAUAAAGAAAAAAUUAUAAAUUUAUAUUUAUAUAAUAAUAGUAAUAAAACAAAAAAUAGCGUUAAUUUAAAAGAAUUCUCUUUAUCAAAUAAAAUAAACGAAUUUGAAAAUGCCUCUUUUGAACAUAGACUUGAUAUUUUGAUUUAUAUUUUAAAAAAGUAUCAUGAAAAUACUAUAAAUUAUGAAGUUAAUGAAGAUAUAGAAAGUUAUGAAGAAAGUAAUAAAUUAAAUAAAAAUAAUAAAGAAAAAAAAAUAUCAAAUAAUUCUUCUAGUAAAUUUUUUCAUUUAUUUCAUAAAAAUCCGAUAUAUAAAACUAUUGUUUUUGUUAAUAAUAUAAAGGAUUGUAAUAAAAUUUAUAAUUUUUUAAAAAAACAUAAUUGGCCAGUUUUUUCUUUUCAUAAAAAUUUAUCAUUAAAUUCAAGAAUUCAAAAUUUAUAUAAAUUUUAUAAUUCAAAAUUUUGUAUAUUAAUUACUACAGAUUUAAUAAGUAGGGGAAUUGACACAAAAAAUGUUGAUCAUAUAAUUAAUUUUCAUUUCCCAUCUGAUGCAAUUACAUAUAUUCAUCGAUUAGGGAAAAUGAAUAGAUUAAAUAGUCAUACAAAUAAAAGUCACAAGUAUAAUUUUACUAUAAAUGAUAAUUCAUUCAAAAAAAAAAAUUUUACCAAUUAUUUAAAUUCAUUUUUAGAAAAAAACAAAGACAAAUCUUUUAUUGUAACAAAUUUUAUCUCUACAACUAACCUACCAUUAGCAGAUUCUAUAAGAAAGUUUGAAAAUAAUAAUAUAGGUUUAUUAUCUUUAUUUUCAAGAAAAAAAUCCUUUAAAAUGAAAAAUAAAAGAAAUAAUUCAGAAAAUACAAAUAACAGAUACAUUGAUAUUUCAUCCAUAAAAGACAUAGAAUUAAAUGUUAAUGAUUAUAAACUUAAUAAUUUACUUGAAUUAAAUGACGAAAAUAAAAGAGAUGAAACAAAUAAUUGUGAUGAUAUAUCUCAUAUAAAUGAAAAAGACAAUUCUUAUAUUCAAGCUCCAUUCACAAUAUUUUCUAUAGAAGAUUCAGAUUCAGAUGAAGAUAAAGAUAAAGAUGAAGAUAAAGAUGAGGAGAAAUUUGAAUGUAGAAAUAAAAACACUUUAAAUAAUAUUAAAAAUAAAAAUAUAAAAGAUAUACUUACUAACGAGGUUAAGGAACAAUAUAAUAAAAAGGAAAAUAGAGACAUUAGAAUUAAUGAAAGUCAUAAAGGAAACUCAGAAGGAAAAAAUUUAUAUACAGAAAAUAAUUAUGAUAAUAACUUAUAUGAAGAUUCUGUUAAUAACAUAUCCCAAAACAAACAAUUCAAUGAAAAUAAAUUAGACAAAAUUCGUAUUUCUAAUACUAAUAAUAUUCCAUCAUGGGACGAUGUUAAAUUUGAUCAUAAAAAGUUUGUUGUUGAAAGAUUUAAAAGUAAAAGUUGUUAUUUGGUAAGUCAAGUUAAAAGAGGAAAAUUAAUUUUAAAUAGCUUUGAAAAUAAUAAUAAUGACGAUGAGCUUUUAUUCUAA